AUGUUGAAAAACCUGCGAAAAAUCUUUGAUAGAACUGGAAGAGAUCUAAUAGAAUAUGAAAUAUUGGAUGUAUCACAAAUUCUUCGAGCAAAUAUUGUGCGAGUUCAACGAACUAAUUUGACAAGAAAAGAUUUGAUGGGAUUUGAAGGAACUUUGUGUGAAAUUCGUGUUUAUAAUAUGAGUCUGAAGAGUCUUGCGGAAUUUGUGAAAUCGUUGAAAACUGGAAAAUCUCACAGGAAUUUGAGACAUCUUAAAGUCUAUUUGAAAGAACAUAUUUGUGCAGAAGAAUUGGCAGAUGAAUUGAAUAUUCCCUAUUUUUCAGAAGGUCAAGAUAAUAAUGAUGAUGAUGAUGAAAAGUGAGUAAUUUGUUAACUAUAUCUCGAAUCACAUUUUUGUCAUAUUUCAGUGGUUGCUGGUUCAAUUUCGAUAUUUGUAACGAUGAUAAGAAGUUCAAGGCAAAAUUCAGUUCGCAUGGUGAUCAUUUCGAAAUUCGUGUUGAGCAAAGUUGA